AUGCGGUCGAUAUUCUCCGUUCUCCGGCAGACGGCAGCUACAUCGUGGCGCUCACAAUUUGCAUCUGUUCGGAGUUCUCGCGCAGUGUUCGAGCUUGAUUCGAUUUGCGCCAGAUGCCGCCGCCAACAGAUUCGUUUCUCGAGCAAUCGGCAACUUGCGGAUGAUCCCAGAUGGCUAUCUGUAGUUGACCACCCUGCGCAGAUCGUACGCACGGGACGCAAGCAUGGGCCUGGCCUGAUCAUCCUAGCAUUGAUCCCUAUCACAGCAUUCAUCCUAGGCACCUGGCAGGUUCAGCGGCUCGAUUGGAAGACAAAGUUGAUUGCAAAAUUCGAGGAUCGUCUCGUGAAGCCUCCCCUCCCGUUGCCACCCCGUAUUGAUCCAACCGCCAUCUCCGAGUUUGAUUACCGACGAGUCUAUGCUACGGGUCAUUUUAGACAUGAUCAGGAGAUGUUGAUCGGUCCCCGCAUGCGCGAAGGCCAGGAAGGCUUCCUUGUGGUCACUCCACUCGAAAGAGGCGAAGGGGAAAGCACAAUCCUUGUGAACAGAGGCUGGAUUUCGAAGAAGAUGAUGAACAAGAAAGACAGAGCCAUCGGGUUACCACAGGGCGAGGUAGUCGUUGAGGGCUUACUGCGAGAGCCGUGGAAAAAGAACAUGUUUACUCCAGAGAACAAGCCGGAGGAGGGGAAAUUCUACUUUCCCGAUGUCCAUCAAAUGGCUGAAUUGACAGGAAGUCAGCCGGUUUGGAUUGAACAGACUAUGGUGCCGGAUAUGGUCGAAUCGAUGGACAGAGAAGCAAAGGGUAUUCCCAUCGGCCGCGCAGCUGAAGUCAACCUGAGAAACAACCAUAGCCAGUACAUUUUCACAUGGUACGGUCUGUCGCUGGCAACAUCAAUCAUGUUGUGGAUGGUCAUUCGCAAAAGGCCAAAUGAGGUCACUCGUCGUGUCGUCCAGAAUCGGAACUGGUCGUAA